CAUUCCGAAUGGCGUUGAAAAUAGCCAUUAUAAUCUUAUUGCUCAACUGUCUUGAAGAUAGAAUAUUAGUAAUCAGCGCAUGUGGAGAAUAUCGAUUUCUGGAAGACGGGGUCUGUAAGGAAUGCAGCUUUUGCAGUGGCGAUCAAGUGGAACUUGUUACCUGCUCCCGGAGUAGCGAUCGGAUAUGUGGCGAUGCUGAGCAAGUACAACCUAGACCCGAACUUACAAUUUCCACAAACAGUCCUCCUAAACCUGUAUUAACAACCACGCCCCUAUACAUCAAAAGCAAUGGGUACACCCAGACAAAGAACUCGAAAAGCAGACUUAUAACGGUCUCUUCUACGUCCUCCAUAUCCGACAGAACCAUUGAAUUUAUCCCAAUACAAACUAGAAAAAGUACCUCAUUCAAUGACGAUUAUGUUGACAACAAUGAUGUAAACUUAUUAAACAAUGACGACUGGUGGAAAAUAUUUUCCUCUGGCCUGAUAUCUACCGUACUAAUAUGUUGUAUUGCCAUUUUACUGUGUAAUAUCUGUCGGCGAGAGCAGAACAUAAGGACUAUGGAAGUUGACCAGGUGAAAGGGAUGGAGUAUUACAACAGUAGUAGUAGUAGUCGUCAGCGUUCGUAUGCCGAAGACACUUUAUCAGGCCUUAGUGACGAGAGUUUGUCAAGUGUGCUGCCAUGUCGACGGUAUUCCCCAGAUGACGUGUACGGAUCUAAACUGCCGUUCAUACCAUCAAUGAUCACCAUUGAUCAAAUUGACACACUGGAAGAAUUCGACUAUGACCAGUCCGACGGUAAAUAUAUAGGAAGUGUAUGAACAGCUCAGUUUUUGCGGCUAUCUUUAUACUCCAGUACCGUAUCAAGGAUAUCAUGGGUGAGGGAGGGGAAGGUGGUUUACUGGGGGAGGGGGAUUGAUGAAUAAGUGAGGAAGAGAUAGCUGGCAAAAUUGGUGAUAUGAAAUGGUUUUUAUCUACUUGAACGCAUUUUCUUUGGACAGAAAAUCCAGGGAUAGAUCCAGAGAUUUCCGAAAGGGGAGGAUUGGUGAAAGGCGGUCGAAACUGGCGCCGAUCGAGAUAACACCAGCCUAGGGGGUCCGCGGGCAUUCCCCCGCGAAAUUUUUGUUUUGUAGAUGCCUGAAAAUAACCUCUGUGCGUUUUGGGCGAUCAGUUUUUUUUCUUUCCUUCCCCUUUUUUUUUUAACUUUCCAAAAGUGGGAGGCGGGGGGGGGGGCUCUAAAUUCCCCCUGAAAUUUCCAAUUGGGGCACCUAGAAGAGUGAAAGCUUUUUUUUUUUUUUUUUGAAGGGGCAUGGGUCCCCACACCAUCUUGUAGAUACGCCACUGAUAUAAUACCUUUGCUACUUCUCUGGUACCGGUAGGCUUCACACUGCACUAGCAUCUGCUUUUUCCAAGGAUUAGAAUUGCAGGAUAGAGGACACCGACAUUUCGCCACGUACUAUUCAUAAUACCUUAAAAGUUAAAUUUGGGACCCCUAAGAGUAUUUCUUUGGUGAAAAUUUACAAAUCCACUGAUUUGAUUUCAAUGAAGUUACAUUUCGUUCCAUAUUGCAACUUCCAGCUAAAUAUAUAGGAAUACGCCUACAUUGUAUUAUUAUUUUAUUAUUGUUUUUUGAUGUAUGAUGAUCGGCGGCGGUCCGGCAAUUUCCCUGACGAGUGGGUGGGGCGAAUGACCACGUUUAGAACCCCUCGGAGGGUUCCAGAGCGUGAAGCCCAUUAAGCUCCAGUUUGGGAAUUGAAAGGUUAUCAAUCGAUUUUAGAGCCUCGUACUCUGUAAUAAUUAAUAUUGGUUCCCUUAUCCACCAGGGGUGGCGCCAGCGGGGUGGGGGAAGGCCCCCGUCGGGGAGAAAAAGCACAGUUCGUCGGGGAGAAACAAAAUUAUAUGUAUUUUCUACAUAUUAGCUUACUCUAAAAUUUAUUAAAUAAGCCUUGAACCCCUAAAUUGUCAAAAUUUUCGGGUGCUUAGCCCCCUGCACCAAUUUCUGAACCUUUCAAUCGAAGCUCAACCACGCCCACAUCCCCCCCCCCCGUUGGGGACCUCGGCUUCCCCCUCCUGGCUCUACCCCUGUUCUCCACCAAUUGUAUUGAGCUCUCUGACGCGAUAGGGAGGGUGAAUUCUUUCACCAACGUGGAAGAAGCUCCCAUUGCCUACCACUGAUUGUAACUCACGCCAAUUAAAAACAAAUCUCGAAUAGAGAUCAAGGGUUUUAAUUUAGGUUUCUUUAAGGUUUAUAUUAGGAUGCGUACCCACCCCUACACCCAUAAAGGUUCAUUUUUAAAACAGUCAGAAUUGUACUCAAUAUAAAAUAUAGUCCAACUCUGUUAUGUUAGAUGAUGCUGUGUAAUAGGGGAGUUCCCCGGGGCCCUGUGGACCAUGGAGCCCAUAGCUAGGCGUGUGUGUAUAUUACUUUCACGGAUUACGAGGCUGAAAUUGAUUAACUGCUUUUGGAAUCAUUAAAUACUUCAAUUCAACCCUACCCGACUUUUCCCCUUUACGACGCCGCCGUGAAUUCUGGGGCUAGGCAACCUAGUUCCAUAAUCUGUCCAUUUUUUAACGCCCCGCACCCGAUGGUAGUUCUGGAUACGGCUCUGUAUUAGGCAUUAUCGUAAGUGAGUUACUAUGAGCACUGCGUAUAUUAAGAUAUGUAGUACCAUGAAAUAGAACUUGCUAUUUACAAAGUCAUAUGUUAUAUUCAUAUUUGAUUAUAUUAUUGUUCGUAUUAAUUUAGGACUAUACUGAAUUUGAUCUGUUUGAGAAUAUGUAUUUAUUUUGUCUAUUUAUUAUUGCCAAUGACUUUCAUAUAAAGGAAUCAGAACAAUACACCUCUAACUAUUAGGCCCACUAUUAUUUACUAUAUGUUUAUAUUAUAAUAAGUGAGUUACUAUGAGCACUGCACAUAUUAAAAUAUGUAAAGUACGAUGAAAUAGAACUUGCUACUUACAACACAAAUUCAUAUAAAUAUUUAUAUUUGAUUGUAUUUUUGUUCGUAUUAAUUUAGUGCUAUACUGAAUUUGAUCUGUUUGAGGAUAUGAAUUUACUUUAGUCUAUUUAUUAUUGCCAAUGAUUUUCAUAAUAAAGGAAUUAGAACAAUACACCACUAACUAUUACCAUAUUUUCCAGGUACAGAAUUUGUUAUCACCUUCGCUGAAUUAACUAUUUGUUUACUAAAAGUUAAAAUUACGACCAAAUAGUGCAUAUUGAUAAGUUGUAAAUUUGUCACAUAAAACGUCAUGUCAAAAUAUCGAUUAAUGUUGCAUUAUGACGACGGCGGGAUAAAUAGCCCUAUUCACAACCGCAUGAAUUAUAUGGUGCACGCUAAAAGGUACACAACUUCGAUGAGUAUUUGCGUAGUUCUUUGGAGGUAUGUGCAAUGUCAAUAUAUAACAUAUACAAGUAUUAGGCCUAUAUACAGGAUUUUGUAAGUAUUGUUGUAGAAACUUAACAUAAUAAACAGAUGUUGAUGCUUAAGACUUUCUAUUUCAAUUCAAGAACACAUUGUCUAAUACCACCUAACCUAAAUAUCUGUUGCGGUUGUAUUUCUAUUGUGCAAUACUGGUAUUAAUUCAUACGAAGCGCGAUUUCAGCAAAGAAAACCGUCACUAGCAGUUCCCCAAAACAACGAAUAAAGAAAUCAAAAGUCCAGAUGGCAAUCCAAGUAUCUAAAUAUAUUUCACUGUUACAAUCAGUCAAGCCACGUUGACCUUUCAAAUUCAUUUCAAACAGGUUGCGAUGUACAAACAAAUAAUUUAAGUCGUUCCUACAUAAUUGCACUUAUUGUGGUUUUAAACACACUCAGCCUCUUUCUAUAAUACACUUUCUUAGAAUAACUAAAAGAUAAAUUUAAUGACUUAAUAUGUACACCUGCAAAGGAUAAUGCACCUACAGCAUAUAAACGAAAAUGUACAUUAUUUUUUUUUUCACACCAAUCCGAGCCCUAUCGGACAGAAUGCUAGAUCAUGAGUUAAAAUGAUAACAAUACAGUAGUAGUAUAGCAGCACGCGACUUUAUUGUCUAACUUUAUUUACAGGUCCAAAUAACACAACUGCUAUUGAGUUAAUUGAAGAAAAAAACCAAAACAAAAAAAAA